UUAUUAGCAAUUUAGUAAGAACCCUAAUCAAGGUUGGCAACUAUAGCCCCACUCGGAGUCGAGCUCGAGCCUCGGCGUUUCUGUUUUCGCAGCUUUGAUUCGUCAGCACAUGGAUCGAUCUCAACCGGAAACCAAACGGUCUUCUUGAUCAAACGCGCGGUGGAGGAGGAGGAGAAGAGAAGGACGAUUUCGGAUUUUGAUCGACAUAGGAAGGAACUCGCUGCAAAAGAAUCCAGUGAAUGGGGAGAUGGAGGGCUUCCCUUAUAAUUCAUAGCAUCAAAUCUGCAUCCAAAGCCCUCAAUAAUUCCAAUAUCCGCAGGGGCACAUUUCUGGAAUCCUCAAACUUACCCAAAUUUCCGAAACCUAGAAGCCAUUUCGCCAAUUUUAGGGCAUUUUCGGCGCUUCCAUCUCCGUCCCCAAAUUACGCGGACGAAUAUGAUGCCAAUGUUCGUGAUUACAAUCCGAAUUACUUCUUGGAAGAGGAGUCACUGGAAAAGGACGAGGCGGGGAAGAUUCCAGUGAAAGCUUUCUUCUUGUGCACGAGUGUUGAUUUGAAGCGAAUGCAAGCCGAGAAUUCUAGAAAUGUCAUCCCUCCAAGCUCGCGUUCUUCGAAUUUCAUUGCCCUUAGAUAUUGUGAUUUCCCAUCGCAAAAUCACGGUGUAGUUAAUGGGAAUGUGAGUUCCCAUAGUUAUAUGAUUGUCUUCCAAUAUGGUUCGGCAGUUCUGUUCAAUGUGGGGGAUCAUGAAAUUGAUUUCUACCUGCAAGCUGUUCGAAGACAUGGCUCUGGAUUGCUUUCUGAGAUGAGACGAGAUGAUUAUGCAAUAAAAGAGAAGCCUUUGUUGGCCGAGGAUAUGCAGGGAGGCGUAGAUUACAUUGUGUUGAAAAAUCUGGACAUUGAUAGCAUACGUGUGAUUAGUAGCGUGCUCGGACAAAGCAUUGCUCUGGAUUAUUUUGUGUCCCAGGUUGAUGGUAUGGUUGAAGAGUUUGCAGAAAUCAACCGGGGAAUGGAGAAAACUGGCACUUUCACCAUGGACCGGAAGAAGCUGUUUCAACUGGUUGGAAAGGCUAAUUCAAAUAUAGCUGAUGUAAUUCUAAAAGUCGGGCUGUUCGAAAGAUCAGAAAUUGCAUGGAGAGAUGCAAAAUAUGCACAAAUACUUGACUACCUUCGCGAGGAAUACGAGGUCACUCAGCGAUUUGGAAACCUUGAUUAUAAGCUAAAAUUUGUCGAGCAUAACAUUCAUUUCCUCCAAGAAGUGCUCCAAAACCGUAAGUCGGAUCUGCUGGAGUGGUGCAUCAUUGUCUUGUUGAGCAUAGAAAAUGUAAUCUCAGUGUACGAGAUUGUUCACGAGUCCUUUGGAAAAUCAAUAUGAGCUCAGUGUGUCAGGUAAUUCUUUUGCUGCGACAAAGUUGCUGCAGCUGUGCUAGGUUGAAAGCAUUCUUUUAGUCUUCCUUGAAAUUAUACAACUAUAGCAAUGAAUUUUGCAUGGCUAGAACAGUCAUUAUUUAUAUCUAAACCAUUCGGUUGGUAGCCGCAGAAAUAAUUUGUUCUUCGUAGAUUUUUCCAUAUAAAUGCAUCUCAUUUUUGCUUCAUUUGAUCCCUGGAAGCAAAUCCAGCGCUGAUAAAAAUAAAUAACGUUGUGUUGAAAAUGAUUAUGCAUGUAUUAAGUUACACAGUAUGUUGAAUAUUUAUAUAGGAGAUAUUGUCGCAAAUUACAUAAGAUGUUGAAUAAUGUGAAGAUUUUGACAAGAUUGCUUGUAUUUAACCAGGCCUGGAAUUGGGUCAUUUUUCU